UCAUGACCAACAAGGCCGGCAACACCGCGCUGCACGAGGCGGUGCGGAACCGCAGGGGCGCCGUGGCGGAGGCCCUGCUGGACGCGGAUCCUAGCCGCGGCCACGACCUCAACGAGCGGAUGGAGUCCCCGCUGCAUAUGGCCGCCCGCGAGGGCCUCGUCCAGGUCGUCCAGAAGAUCGUCGACUACACCUGGGUCGGCCAGGAGUUCCUGCCCUCCGUCUCCCUCAGCGGCACCGCCCUGCACCAGGCCGUGCUCGGCACCCACCACCGGAUCGUGGAGAUCCUGCUGGAGAAGCGGCCGGAGCUGACCGACCUGACGGACUCCGACGGCAACAACGCCCUGCACUACGCGGCGCAGAAGGACCACCAGCGGGCGGUGGAGCUGCUGCUCAAGAAGCGGACGGAGCUGGCCUACAAGCGCAACCUCCACGGCAUGUCCCCGCUGCACGUCGCUGCGCAUUACGGCUCGACGGACGCCAUCAAGGCGCUGCUCCGGCACUGCCCCGACGUGGCCGAGAUGGUGGACAGCUACGGCCGCAACGCCUUCCACGCCUCCGUCGACAGCGGCAAGGCGAACGCGCUCCGGUGCCUGCUCCGCCGCGUCCGGCCCGCCGAGCUGCUCAACCGCGUCGACAGCCACGGCGACGCGCCUCUGCACGUCGCCGCCAAGAGGAGCCGCGUCCACUGCGCGCUGCUGCUGCUCAACGACCGCCGCGUGGACCCCUGCGUCCGCGACCACGCCGGCCAGACCGCGCGCAGCCUCGUCGAGAUGAAGCUGCACACGGGCGAGAUGGACGCCUACGAGAUGUACCUCUGGAAGCAGCUCAAGCACCAGGAGUUCAAGCGGUGCCGCAAGCAGCAGCUGCCGCCGCUCGCCACCUACCCCAGCCGCAGGGGCUCCAACGACAAGUACUUCGAGCGCAUCGUCGAGACCUACAUCCUCGUCGCCACACUCAUCGCCACCGUCACCUUCGCCGCCACCUUCACCAUGCCCGGCGGCUACGACCAGAACAAGGGCAUCGCGCUUCACGGCCACAACACCGCCUUCAAGAUCUUCGUCAUCUCCAACACCGUCGCCAUGUGCAGCUCCAUUGUCGUCGUCUUCUGCUUCAUCUGGGCAUGGCAGGACCCCGUCAGGUUCAAGGUCGACCAGCUCUUGUGGGGUCACAGGCUCACUAUCAUCGCCUGCCUCGGCAUGCUCGUCUCGCUCAUGACGGCAGUCUACAUCACCGUAGCACCCACAUCACGGUGGCCCGCUUACGUCGUCAUCGCCAUUGGCGUGAGCACCCCGGCCGUCGUCGUCCUCAUGCUGGGCAGGGAUGUGAUCUUCGUGCCGCUAUAACUGUCAGACCCAGUCAUCAACGUGUGCCAGAUGCACGUGCAAUUUGUAGAAAUAUA